GUGGGCACAGUUCUGCACCAAAGGCGUGCGCACGUCGUUUCGCGUGCGCUAGGUGUGUUUAGGAAUGCCAAGAGCAAGAAUAGAUGUUAAGUCUUGCCGUUCUUUUGAUGCCGGUGUUAUAAUGUUUAGGAUCCAGCUGUGAGACUGGUUUGGUGCUCAGGGCUUUGCCUGUUCCGCGGUGUCUUGCUGCGCGGCUGCGUCGCGAAGAGCCAACACGGGACACGGAUUCACCCCGCGAAAAGCAGGGCUCCUCUGCGAGCGCGCCUUCUCGUCCGUGUCCAUGACAACAGUAAGCGAUGCAGGGGAGAGGGGACACCAUAGAGGAGGAGGAGAGAGUCCAGACUGCAGCUGCUCGUGCCCGCUAGCGGCCAGGCUGCGCACGCGGUCGUGAUGGCCUGCAACGACGACGACAACAGCAGCAGCGGCUGUGGCUUCACGGAGCAGCACGCGCUUAGGAACGUGAGCAAGUUGCAGGCAGAGGCCAGCACGCCCCUGCCCGUGGCUCUCCGCGUGGCCCUGUGUGCUGUAAUGGUGGUGAUCAUCACCGUGGGCUUCUUGGGAAACGCCGUGGUCUGCCUGAUAGUCUACCAGAAGGCCGCCAUGCGCUCCGCCAUCAACCUGCUACUGGCCACGCUGGCCUUCACCGACAUCAUGCUGUCGCUCUUCUGUAUGCCUGUAACCGCCGUCACCGUAGUGGCCGGCGACUGGCGCUUUGGCCCGGAGUUCUGCCGUGUCACGGCCAUGCUCUAUUGGCUCUUCGUGCUGGAGGGCGUUGCCAUCCUUCUGAUUAUCAGCGUGGACCGUUUUCUCAUCAUCGUGCAGCGGCAGGACAAGCUGACGCCCGGUCGGGCGCGGCUGCUGAUCUCUGCCUCCUGGCUGCUGUCCUUCUGCCUGGCCCUGCCUUCUACGGCUGGCCGCCGCACCCCGGGAAGCCCGGGACACAGGCCGGGCUGCGUCCUGGGUUACGUGGAGUCUCUGCCCGAGCGUGGCUACACGGUCUUGCUGGCGGCGGCCGCCUUCCUGGUGCCCAUGGCCGUCAUGCUGUUUGCCUACCUGCGGAUCCUCAAUGCCGUGCGUCGCAACGCCAUGCGCGUGCGGAACCACGCAUGCCCUGCGGCUGGCCUGGCGGGCAAGACGGGCCUGUCCGCUCCACGGCGCCUCCCACAGCCCAGCGUGGAUGUCAGCUUUAAGACGCGUGCCUUCACCACCAUCCUCAUCCUCUUCCUGGGCUUCUCUGCCUGCUGUCUGCCGCACACUGUGCUCGGCCUCCUGGCUGCUUUCAGCCGGCGGUUCUACCUGAGUCCCCAGUUCUACCCUGCCGCUGUGGGAGCGCUGUGGCUUAGCUACCUGAAGGCCGCGUUCAACCCCGUCAUCUACUGCUGGCGCAUCCGCAAGUUCCGGGAGGCGUGUGAGGAGUUUGUGCCGGGUCACUGCAGGCUCCCACGUCUCCCUGGCCGUGGACGACGGCGCGUGCGUCCAUGUAGCAUCUACGUCUGCACAGAGACCCAGUCGGCCAUGUAAGCCCAGUCCCACAGAGACCCAGUCGGCCUCCACCCUGCGCACACACCAAUGAACUCCAUUGAACAAGGUGACACGGACUUUAUCUCUUUGCUAACGUUUUAAAAGCCAAAAAUUCACAUCGGACCAGAGCUGGAAUUCCUGAAAGCACACGAAGACCUUUGUUAAGCUGCUAGUGUGAAUGAGCCUUUUGAACAGAUCGCUAACAUGAACUGAACACAGCGAUGCUCGAGAGCUCCUUCAUCUCUCAUUUGGAAUGUAUUUACAUAACCAGCGCGUGCACAUGCACGUUUAGUGAUUAAAGAGGAAAAGCAUAUCGGAUUCACGUAUUGAAGUCUGCUGCUUCAUCUGAGCUUUCUGUAACUGACCACAGCUCCAUGGCAUCCUGGAAUAAGCAGGAGGGUCCCACUCAGACCCCUGGACAAGCUGGGAGCACAUGUAAGGUGGAAGGAACCAGUCCAAGAGCCCUGGAGCACCAGUAACAAGCAUAGUCAUGUUUAUUAAAACGGUUGUCUUUUACAUUUUUGUACAUUCCACUUGCACUGGCAUUGAUGUACAAAGCAACAAACGAUAAUAAAUACAGUAUGUACAGCUGAGCACAUGUGCAUCUAAAAAUUCUUGAGUCAUUAGAAAGAGGCAGAAGCCCAACUGCACUUUUUGACCAGAGGACUGAAGUUCCGUGUUCUUUAUAGGUAGUCCGGGACAGGAAAGUAGAAAUUUAAUUACAUACGACCAGGAUAACAGCUACGCAACAACCCCGAAAGAAGCUUCUUGGCCCCUGACGUUUUGAAGCAUCGCAAACUGAACGAGGCAUCGUAAGAGGCCAGGACCUGAAGCCACCUCAACGUCCACCCCAGUGGUUAAGACGACCAAUAAAACUAGUGUAUCUGGAAAAAUGGGCCAGAGAUUUUACAUGUUGGAAACAAGUUGCACAAAACCCUACAUGGGUCACGUGUGUUCUGAUGGGAAAAGCCACUGGAAGGCAUGUUUCAAUGAAUUUUUAAUUAGUCUUGUUUCUUUGCUGUGGACAUGUAGUUCAUUGUUUCAUUUAUGAAAAGCUGAAAUUUCAUACAAAUUCAACAGUAACUGGUGUUUAUUUCCAGUUGAAUAUAUUUGAGUUUUUUUCCCCCUUCAUUUCUGAACAGCACCUUCUGCUGUGAUAAUGCUAAACCCCCAAUAAACUGACCCCUAUUGUGA